AUGAAGGCAUCCGCUUCAUCUCACCAGAUCAAGUAUCUGGCCUUUCUUGCCUCAGCCGUUUUCAUCUGGUUCGUCUGGCGAGUGAACGCCCCUUCGGAAGUCGCAGACAGGGUGCGCAAGAUCGCCUCCCAAUACAACUCGUCGCCCAGCGAUGGCAUCGACACCAGCACGGGUCUCGCCAAAACCGAGAUCCUCUCGCCCGAGAAGGCGGAGGAGUACUGCGACCACUACCGCCUCAAGUCCAUGCCCGAGGACUUCGUCCGCAAGCGCAAGAUCUACGACCUGCUCCUCGUCAACACCGAGAUCGAGAUGCUCGAGCUGCGCCUCGGCCAGAUGGAGCCGUACGUCGACUACUUUGUGAUCCUCGAGUCCGACAAGACCUUCACGGACCACCCGAAGCCGCUGUACGUCAAGGACAAUUGGGACCUCUUCAAGCCCUGGCACGACAAGAUGAUCGUGCGCACCAUGGACCUCGAGGCCAUGAAGGACGGCUCGACCUGGGACCGUGAGAAGCUGAGCCGCAACGCCAUGUACGAGCAGGUCAUCCCCGGCCUGACGGGCGAGCAGGCGGCCUCGGAGGACGACAUCCUGCUUGUUUCCGACGUCGACGAGAUUCCCAAGCCCGAGGUCCUCCGCGCGCUGCGCAACUGCGAAGUCCCGACCCGGGUGACGAUCCACUCCAAGAUCUACUACUACUCCUACCAGUGGCUGUCGAGAAACGACUGGAACCACCCGCAGGCAACGCUGUUCCGCGGCAAGGAUACCGUCCUGCCGGACGACCUGCGUUCAAAUGCCAAUGAUCAUCACUUCAACCAGGGCGGCUGGCACUGCAGUUACUGCUUCAGCACCACUGAAGAGAUGGCGCAGAAGAUCAACUCGUUCUCCCACUCCGAAUUCAACAAGCCCGAGUUCAAGGACCCGCAAUGGAUCGUCAAAGUGGCUCGGUUGGGUCAUGAUAUCUUUGGCAGAGGCGACUCCAACUUUGACCGCAUCGAGGUGAACCAUGAUAUUCCGGACUACAUCAAGCGCUACCCCGACAAGUUCAAGUAUCUGGUUGACCGCGAUCCCCCCAACGCCAACUUCAGGGACUACCAGACCAGUCUAAUGGACUGA